AUGGAACCGGUGUAUGAUGGCACAGUACAUGUUUUUCAAGGUCGAUUUUUUUCAAAAUGGAAACGAUUCAAAGGUGCUAUAUUUGAAGAAAAUGUGACAGGUCGAGCACGUCUUGAGAUUUACACUUCAGGGUCACAACUUGCCGCUCUAACACCUUCAAAAAGUAUUCUUCUAGGCGAAUGCGUUGCAAUUCGAAUUGUUCAUUUUCGGAAUACUGUUAGUAAUGAUAAUCGAAUCAUUCAAAUUCAACCAAGGAAUGCUCCGGUACUGUUAAUUGCUGUGGAGAAUGUAGAUGAAUGGCAUUAUGUUUUAUGCAAAGUUGCAUUUCCGGAUCAGUUUGCUUCAAUUGGUACACAUCCUUCCUCUUCACUAUCUACAAAUUCCAAUGAUAAUGACGAAUAUGAUGUUCCAUGGGAUUUAAGUCGUAUUCCGGUACUAUUGGAAAGUAAUAAAAAUAUACAUCGUAUGAAAAUUCCGGAAGGAAAUUAUGAGAUUAGUUUUGGUGAUUCUGUUUUUCUAAAAAAUGGAUUUAGUUGCAUUGAAGCUUGGUCUUAUCCACAAAUUACUUGGUUUGGUACCGGUGAAAAUUGCUUUGCAUUUGAAGUUGAUUACGAUCAACCAUACGAAUUCAAAUGUGGACGACCGGAAAGUGUUUUGGAAGCGUUGCAACAGCAUAUAAAACUAAAACCUGAUACAGCACUUCCUACAAAUACUUGCAAUGUGUAUACGAAACAAUAUGUUCCGGCUGAGCAGAAACUUGAUCGAAGUUCAUCAGAGCGUCAGAUGCAAAAACCACCAUUGCGCUCGACGUUAUCAUUUCGAAAUGAACGUGGCACAUUAAAUUUAGCUUCAAGUGAUUCACGUUCACGUUUUCCAUUUUUCCGUCUAAAGAAAGAAUGGAAAGAAAGGGAAAAAUUUGAACUGGAUGCAAAAGAUGAAUGGAUCAGAUACAGCAAGGAAAAUCUAUCUGAUAUGUACAACAAUGAUUUCUAUCAGACAAAACUACCAGAAAGAAGUUAUAUGAGGAUUCCAAAUGUGCCUAAUGCGCAUGCAUUUCAGCGUGAUCUCGAGCGAACCAUUGCUAAGCGUGCGUUAUGCUUAUCAUUAUCAAGUGAAGCGUUAUCAGGAAUGGAUAACAAUUCCAACAAGAACAAUAAUGAUAGCAACAGUAACAGUCAAAAUCGGAAGGUUAUCUUACGCCCACGGAUUAUACUAGAUGGUGAUUUAUUGGAUCCGACAAUAUUCACACCAUCCACUGAUAACCUGGAAAAUGAUAGUGGAGUGGGAAGCCUUCAGGCUCGCAUUCGUGAUUCAGUAGUUUCUGCUCCUAGUCCUAGUCCAGUAAAUUGCAAUCCUAACUCUAUGCAUAGUUAUUUUAGGCAAUCUUUGAUCAACUAA